AUGUUGUCAGGAGCCAAUGGAUCCAAGCCGGAGGCGGAGCCAAAACUAGUUGCGGUUUCAACGGAUGGCCACCCCAGCGGGCAUGACGUGUCUCGUUCUGCCAUGGCUGUCUUCACUUCGGCUGCCUCACUAGGAAGCAUUAUGUGUGCUGCUCAAGCUCAGCUUUUCUUCAUCGCCCUCUGGUGGAUGAUGCCAUACACUGCAGCAUCUGCCAUGCUGACGAACACGACUGGCGUUCUACACCUGUUAAAACCAGGCUCUGAGACAGACCCUGAAUUCGGCGGUUUGCCCAGCGUUAACAUUCCUCGAAGUCGGCGAAAGCGUUACAUUUCCUCGAGAGACAUGAGUGCCUUGUUGGAUUACCAUAAUCGUGUCCGGUCUCAGGUGUUUCCACCGGCUGCAAACAUGGAGUAUAUGGUGUGGGAUGAACGACUGGCCAAAGCAGCUGAGUCCUGGGCCUCACAGUGCAUCUGGGACCAUGGCCCCGCCCACACCAUGAGGUACAUGGGACAGAACCUGUCUGUCAACUCCGGCAGAUAUAGGUCAGUAAUUGACCUUGUGAAGUCUUGGCAUGAUGAGAAACACUCGUUCUCUUACCCCAACAAGUGCAGUGGAUCGGUGUGUACCCAUUACACACAGAUGGUGUGGGCCACCUCCAACAAAAUGGGAUGUGCUAUCAACAGAUGCUCAAAUAUGAAUGUUUACGGGAGCACAUGGAAGCAAGCUGUCCUGUUGGUAUGCAACUACUCUAUUAAGGGUAACUGGAUCGGAGAAGCUCCAUACAGAAUGGGGCGACCCUGUUCUGCCUGCCCCCCUAGCUAUGGGGGGUCAUGCAACAGAAACCUCUGUUCUUCUGGUUCCAGAUCCAACAAAGUUAACUGGUUUUAA